AUGAGCAAACUAGACAGCUACAGUUUGAUGAUCGUUUCAAAAUACUUCACUUCGUUUACUGACUUUGUGAACACUGUUUUUGUGAACAAAAAGUUUCAAGAAACGAUGGAAAAGUUCCACUUCAAUCCAAUUCCACUCACAAUUCAACAACGGAAGUUUUUCCCCAGUCUCGAGACGUGCUUUCUCUAUUCCAAAACCGACAAGAGGUACAAUGAUGGGUAUAUUGAAAAGCAAGAAAUCUGGUAUAAAAUAAAUUACACAACGAGUUGUCAAGAGUCGCGUAACAUAUGUCGCCGAGUGGAAUACACACAAAGUGAACGACUUUGGAAUGGGAUAGAUAUCCCAACCAAAGUCAAUAUCUUAGGUGAAAAGUGUUAUUAUGGCACAAAAACGUUGCAAGAGUUUCAUGUGAGUUCGUCGAUAUGUGGGUUAGGCAAUUAUUGUUUCGCGUGGUGCUCCUAUUUAACUUCUGUCACUCUUCCCGACAAAGUCACUUCCCUUGGUAACGGCUGUUUUUUAAAAUGUGAGCGAUUGAUCAAAUUAAAAAUUCCUCCGUUUAUUAAAACACUUGGCGAGAGCACUUUUUCCUUUUGUGAAAAGCUAGCCAAAGUGGAGUUACCAAAACAUUUAGAGCGGAUCGAACAGUGGUGUUUCGAUGGAUGUUCUUCACUCAGUACACUUGAAUUUCCUAACACGUUAACUUCUAUAGGAAAUCGAUGUUUCAAACAUUGUCCAUUCACUUACAUCACCCUCCCAGACUCUUUACUCACACUCGGACAUAACACUUUUUCAACUAACGAGUGUUUAACUGCAAUAACACUCUCAACCAAUUUGAAAAGUCUCGGGACUGAAUGCUUUGGGGGGUGCAAAAAGCUCGUUGAAAUAGUUAUGCCUCAAAGCUUGACAAAACUCCCCCAUCGGACGUUUUUCAAUUGUUUCAAGUUACGUGGAGUGACUGUUUCAACCGACUUAAAGAGUUUAGGUGAGGAUUGUUUCCACAAUUGCUCGAAUUUAAAGACCAUUCAGAAUUUACCAGAAGAAGUGGACUAUGCCGUUGGGUGCUUUUUUAAUUGUACGGCACUCGCACUUCCAUUUCCAUCACCACACAAAUGCUUUGGAAAAGCAUCAUUCAACGAUCAACACCUUGCGGAGUUCCAUGGGAUGUGA